AUGUCUAUUAAAGUCUUAUCCUUCGCUCUUGUCGUAGCCGCAGCCGCGUCUCCUUUUGACUCGAUGCAAAAGUCCACAAGCGACGACCCCUGCGAGCCCUGCCAGCCAAAAGGAGCGUCGAGCUUGACACCACCAGCCGUCGGCACGCAGCUGAAUUCACUAUACACGGAUAUUGUCUCUUCUAUCCAUGGCAUCUCUUUCGAUAAGAGAAGUGUCCACACCCGCGCCGAAGGCUUCUGCUGCCGCCAAAGCCUGGACUGCGUCAAGGUCCAGAACCUCAAUAUCCCAAUGUGCUAUGACAAGUUCACCACAAACUUCCAGUUUCCAGAUGGAUCUUACGGAACUGUCUCGGCGGGAGAGUACCACUCUGAAGGUGUAGACGUAGACCUUAUCAACGGUUCCUACACCAAGGAUGGCCAGAAGGCCAACAUCUAUCCCAACGAAUCGGAGAAGCCUAACACUUCGACCAUGUCUAUUCCCCCACAGUUUACAGGUAGCGGUGUUGGAGGUGCUAUUCCUAUUACCGAGCUUGGGUCGAUUGUCGUAUACACGACUACUAUUCCUGCAACGACAUACACGGCGCCUACUACCGUCGCGCAGACUGUAAAGACAGCAACUAUAAGCGGUGUUGAGGUCAAGACUACAGUUCCUGCCACGAUUAUUAGUCAGGCAACGACCAUGGCCGAGCAGACGACUGUUGUAACACAGACAAAGGAUGCUGCUUCAUCAACUAGCAAAGGAGCAGCUGAACAGGUGUCUGUUGACUCAUUGAGGUCGUUUGGAAUGUCAAUUAUGGGAGCUUUGCUAUACGCGCUUGUGUAA